CCUUUUUUCAAUCAAUACCCUUUUUUAUAUUAAUUGAAAGCCCGAGCCCGACAUUCCCGAGACGACUCAUUUAACUCGUUAGAAAGAUCCUCUCCACUAGGAACUAGUUAUAGUCUUCUCCCUUCCACCAGAUUCUUUUUGGAUCAUGGCGAUAUCGGAUGUGGUCGUUGGGAAUUUGCUGAUCAUAUACGUUGCGGUUAUAGCGGGGAUAAAGGCGUACGGUUUAGUGUGUGGGAGGAGCUUCGGUGGUUGGUUUGUGUUGAUGGCGUCGACUACGGUGGUGGGUCUGAUCUUGGUCGGGGCUUUGACGUGGGACGUCAGUCGUAAAGCAACGCAAGCAAUUUCCGGUGAUGAUCAAGAUGCUGGUUCCGUUCAAGUUCACGAUAUGUGUAAAGGUGGUAUUUGCUGGCACGGCGUGGCUGUCCGGUUCCCUGCUUCUCAACUCCGGUUCAGCCUCCCUCAACAAAUUCCAUACGGUUCUAUGUAAAAAGAAGAAGAAAACUUUGGGAAUUUCAGGUUUAAAGCUGUAAGAUAUAAGAUUAGCUUUGGGUUUGGGUUUGGCCAAAAACAAAACCCCAUGAGGUCUUUUCCUUUUCUCCUUAAUUUUGAUUGAGAGGAAUAAAAGAGCGUGUAUAAGGUUAUAUAUAUAAUUGAAAAUGAAGAUGAAGAUGCUUUAAUUUGUGAAUAAAUAA